AUGCCUAUCGGUCCCACUCUCCCGCCUCACUUGGCACACCUGGCCAAAAACACCGCCGCUACCGCCCCAGCAGCCCCAGAAUCAGACGACGAAGAAGACUCGUAUACUCCCACCCUCCCCCCACAUCUCGCGGCCGCUAGAGUCGUGGCUGGUCCCUCACGGCCCCCUCCUUCGUCUUCUUCCCGGCCGGGCGGAUACUCCUCUCCUUCACCUCCCCGCACCAGUCGUCGGGAACCAUCACCGCCCCGCCGACAGGCAGAGGAGAGUGAUGAUGACGACGACGAUAUCGGUCCGAGGCCUGAUAUGGCUGGACCCGCGCCGCAGCGUACAGCAGCGGAGGAGUUCAGGGAGCGGGAAGAGCGGAGGGCGAGGUUGAGGGAAGAAGAGAACAAGCCGAAAGUUCUCCAAAGAGAGGAAUGGAUGUUGGUUCCGCCGUCAAGCGGGGUUUUGUCAAACGUCGAUCCGCUCAAGAAACGAGCAUCGACCUUCUCUCGAUCCACUACGGCAACAGGCGAACCGGUCGAUCAGAGCGUAUGGACCGAAACGCCCGCUGCGCGCGCCCAGCGCCAGGCGGACGAGGUGGCGGGGAUCAAGCGGAGGCCUGAUCCUUCUGCCGCGGCGGGGGCGGGGGGCGGUAAAGCCUCGGGCGAGGAGAGGAAGCGGAGGCGAGAUGAUGAGAUCAGGAAUGAGGUCGCUAGGCAUACGAAGCAGAACCGAGGACCGUCAUUGCUCGAGAAACAUCAGAAGAAGGAUACGUCUGCGGAUGAGCCCAAGGCGAUUUGGGACCAUGCGCGGGAUAUGGGCAUCACGGGGCGGUUAUUGGGCAACGAAGAGAGAGAAGCGAAGAUCAAAGACGCGAAGGGCCUCAACGACCGCUUCGGCCACGGCAAGACUGGAGCAUAUCAAAUCUGA